GUGAUUCGUCUUCUUCUUCUUUCAAAUUUUCUUCUUCUUUAACGCCGUUGAAGUUCCCGGCGCAACUGUGCUAAAUCGACGGAGAAGUGUAGACUACCUUCCCUUUUCAACUUCUUAUAAUUUCUUCUUCGUUUAAGGGGUUUCGAUCGAAAUGCUUCUGUAAACUUGAGGCCAAAGAGGAGGAAGAACUCGAAGAUAAGCUCUUUCGCUGUCGAGAAACAAAUGUCGGGUCUAAGAAUUUCGGAUCCGAGCAAAUUGCAUCUGAAGAGGGAGCUCACUCAAAUCAGGAAAGUAGCAAGGGGUUUACGCGAUCCGGGAACCACUUCCUCAUGGAAAUCCCCUCUGGCUUCGUCUAGAUCCGUUGCGGAGACGGUGGAGGAGCCUCCGGCGAACAAGAACGUCGAGAAUCCCAGUAACAAUCAGUUAGAUUCUCAGCUUCCGACUCGAGCGGAGAGUAGUCGAGGAAUUGGAAACGGGAAGGAGAAGAAGGUGUUUCUGUAUAAUUGGAAAACUCAGAAAACUUCAAGCGACAAGAGUGGAUUUUCCAGGAACAGUGAGGGUGAAGAUGGAACUUCGUGGAUCCAAAGUAGUGUCAAUCAUGAUGACGACGAUGAUGACGUGAGUGAUGCGAGGAACGGUGGAGAUUCGCGUCUCGGGGAGACCCGAUCGGCUUCGAUGAUUUUCAGAUGCAGAGACACGAAUCUAGUGUCACCGGGUUUUUCAAAGAUCAGAAAGAUCGGUUUAGGCAAGAAGAAGAGUAAGAGAUUGGAGUUCUUGUCUCGAUAUCAUCAGCCUAAAGAAGCAGUCCUCGGCACAAGAAACGCUGCAUCGGGUUUAAGUGCAGUGAGGGAUCAAUCUGGUGAUUUAUCUGACGAAACAGAGGAUUUUAGCAAUCCCCGGAAGAUUACUAGAGUAUCAUCUCCUUUGCUCUUGAAACUUAAGCAAAAGAACUGGUCACGCUCUUCAUCUAAGUUCUUGAGAGCUAGUAGUAAAAGAGAUGAUUCUUCUCAUACUUGUAAUAGUACGCCUGCAUUGUCGACUAGCUCGUACAAUAUGUAUGCUAUACGUAAUCCCAGCACUGUUGGAUCUUGGGACGAUGGUGAUGAUGAGUUGGAUGAUGAUGAUAACUUGUAUGUUACAGGGAGACAAGGCUGUGGGAUUCCGUUUUAUUGGACCAAGAGGAAUCUGAAACAUAGAGGUGGAUGUAGGAGUUGUUGCUCACCUUCGUUUUCUGAUACUCUUAGAAGGAAAGGAAGUAGCAUUUUGUGUGGGAGUCAAUCGGUAUAUCGUAGACACAGACAUUCCUCUGGGAGAUACAAUAAACAGAAACUUGCUUCAAGAAGUGCAUUGGGCGUUGUGCCUUUGCUCAAGUAUGGUGGUCAUAGUAGAGGAGGAUCAUCUAUAGGGAUUGGGCGUAGUGAUGAUGAUCUUUCAACGGAUUUCGGAGAGCUUGAUUUAGAGGCUCAAAGUAGAUUAGAUGGGAGGAGAUGGUCUACUAGUCGUAGGAGUCAGGGUGGUUUGGAAGCUGUGGAUGGAGAAGGAGACGAGGAAGAGGAAGAAGAAGAAGAAGGAAGUACACCGGAGAAUAUUCAGAGCUUGAGCAAAAAGUACAAGCCAAUGUUCUUUGAUGAACUUAUUGGGCAGAGUAUAGCUGUUCAGUCGCUAAUGAACGCUGUGAUAAAAGGUAGGAUUGCUCAUGUUUAUCUUUUUCAAGGUCCUAGAGGAACUGGGAAGACAUCUACUGCGAGAAUUUUCUCGGCUGCCCUGAAUUGUGAGGUGGCUACUGAAGAAAUGAAACCUUGUGGGUAUUGCAAAGAAUGCAGUGAUUUCAUGUUGGGGAAAAGUAAGGAUUUGUUGGAACUUGAUGCUUCUAAGAAGAAUGGAGCUGAGAAAGUUAGGUACCUUUUGAAAAAACUGCUGACAUUGGUUCCACAGAGUUCGCCAAGAUACAAGGUUUUUGUGAUAGAUGAGUGUCACUUGUUGCCAUCUAAGACUUGGCUAUCUUUACUCAAGUUUCUUGAGAACCCUCUGCAAAAAGUCGUCUUCAUAUGUAUAACGACCGACCUUGGCAAUGUUCCUCGGACCAUUCAGUCAAGGUGUCAGAAGUACCUCUUCAACAAACUCAGAGAUGGUGACAUUGUUGUGAGACUAAGGAAAAUUGCUUCAGAUGAAAACUUCGAUGUGGAAUCGCAGGCUUUGAACCUGAUUGCUUUAAAUGCUGAUGGCUCACUUCGAGAUGCUGAAACCAUGUUGGAUCAGCUGAGUUUGAUGGGAAAACGAAUCACCGUGGAUCUUGUAAAUGAGCUAGUGGGUGUUGUUUCAGAUGAUAAGUUGCUUGAACUUUUGGAAUUAGCCUUGUCUUCUGACACGGCAGACACUGUGAAGAAAGCUAGAGAGUUACUUGACUUAGGAGCUGACCCAAUAGUCAUGAUGUCUCAACUCGCCAGUCUUAUCAUGGAUAUCAUUGCUGGGGCAUACAAGGCCUUGGACGCAAAAUACAGUGACGCCUUCCUUGAUGGACGGAACUUGAGUGAAGCAGAUAUGGAGAGGCUAAAACAUGCUUUGAAGAUUCUUUCUGAGGCUGAGAAGCAGCUUAGAGUUACUACUGAUCGUUCAACAUGGUUCAUAGCUACCUUGCUGCAGCUCGGUCUGAUGCCUUCUCCCGGAACCACACACACCGGUAGUAGUAGAAGGCAAAGCUCUAGAGCAACUGAAGAAAACCUGUCAAGCAUUUCAAGAGAAGUUAUUGCUUACAAACAGAGAUCAGGCCUUCAAUGUAGUAACUCAUCAUCCCCAACUUUCCUGAGAAAAGGCGGAAAUACCGUUCAUGAAAUGAAAUUAAACUCCUCAUCCAGUGACGGUUCCAUUUCCUCGGAUGGCGAUACAACUGCAAGCACCAUGACGCUUACUUGCAGAAAUUCAGAGAAACUGAAUGAUAUCUGGAUAAAGUGUAUAGAUAAAUGCCAUUCAAAGACAUUGAAGCAGCUGCUAUAUACUCAUGGGAAGCUAUUAUCUAUCAGUGAAGUUGAAGGUAUUCUAGUUGCUUAUAUUGCCUUUGGCGAAAGAGAGAUUAAAUUAAGAGCAGAAAGGUUCUUAAGCAGUAUCACAAACUCGAUUGAGAAUGUACUACGACGAAAUGCAGAGGUCAAGAUAAUCCUCUUGUCUAAAACUGAGCUACUCAACUCCAAGCAGACCAGACAAACAACAGUGAGUACUGGUUCAGACACUGAAAGUGGGCAUGAGAAUCCAAUGAAAAGGAUUGAAAUGAUCAUCCAAGAACAGAGAUUAGAAACUGAGUGGUUACAGAGGACUCCAGGUUCACAAGGCCACUUAAAACCCGAACGGAAUCAAGUUUUACCUCAAGAAGACACCAAUCAUCAUCACCAACCUGUAAUUGGUUCUACUAUUUCUUCUGGCCUAUUAAAUGGAGUUAAAGUUUUCAGGAUUGGUGAAAUGGGUGAGCUUCAGGAAAAUCAGACUGCUAAAAAAAUGGAGCAUUGUCCUGUUUCCCCGAGUUUACUCCACGAUAGUAACUUCAUAAACAACAAAGACAAUCUAGGAUAUGAAUCAGGAUCAGGAAGAGGAGUUUGCAGUCUGCUUUUCUGUUGGAACACACAGAAGUCUCCAAGAGGAGGCAAGAUCAAAGGGACUUCUGUGCGAUCACGAAGAAGUCGAAAGAGACGGUUUUCGUUGUUCAGUGGAUGUGCUAAGCCAAGAAAGUAAGAACGGUUACCAUAGAAGAAGUAAAAAUUCAAAAUGCCAAGAACUCUUCUCACUUCUCAAAGUUAUAUUGUUCAGGAAAAGUCACCAUAGUAUAAUUCGUUUCUCUUACUGUAUUAUUAUAUUUAAUUUUUAAUGAAGAAAAUAGGAAAGUUACAGUAAUGAAAUGGUAAAAAGCAAUUUAAUAGUAGUAAAUAAUGAGAUAAGUAAUGUAA